GUUCCGCCAAUUCAACAAUGACCCAGUUAACAAACAAACACCAACCAGGUCCCUUCAAUAGACAACCAACAAGCAAGAUAAAGAAACCAAAAAGAACCUCGGCAAAUUCCCAACUCACGACAAAGGGGCCCCCUCUAAUCAAAGAAAUCCACGCCAUCUUACAAAUCCAUAUCCUAAUUGACAACUAACCAAUCUAACUAGAAUCCCACUAGUUACCCCUCCGCCGAUAGAUUGUUUCAUAUCUCGUUUCGCUAUCCAACCGAGGCACGGGACUUGCCCGUAAGAACUUUGUGAACUACCACUUUAGGGGGCUCCCGGAUUCGGAAUACCGGUCGCUGUGUAGGAUGCCGACAGAAUAUGUAUUAUGUACGAGAAUGUUUAUUAAUUUAGGAAAUGUCAGAGCAUGCUGUAGUAGAU